AACCCGCACUACUUCACCCGGAAAAGGAGGGCCAAAGGAAACGACAGCGAAGAAAUUGUUGUGUACUGUUCGCACAAUAGUUUAGACAUUAUUUAUCUAUUUUUGAUAAUCCAGCAGGUUUCUAGCCCUCCACCCUUUUGAGGUUCACGUGCAGCUGCGUUUGGCCUCGUCGAGCUCGCCGGAGAGAUGUCGGUCGUGCCCCCCAGUCGCUCGAACGCCGGCUGGCCGCGCGGAGGAGCCGUUCAGUUCGGGAACAAAUACAUCAGCGGGCCCGCGAAACCCCUGUCUCUAGAGAGGACCAUCAACCUAUACCCUCUAACCAACUACACAUUCGGCACCAAAGAGCCUCUGUAUGAGAAGGACAGUUCAGUGGCCGCCCGGUUCCUGCGGAUGCGGGAAGAGUUUGAGAAAAUGGGAAUGCGGAGGACAGUUGAGGGCGUUCUCAUCGUCCACGAACACAGGCUGCCUCAUGUGUUACUGCUGCAGCUGGGCACCACUUUCUUCAAACUGCCCGGAGGAGAGCUGAGUCCUGGAGAGGAUGAAGUGGAGGGUCUGAAACGCCUGAUGACAGAGAUCCUCGGACGGCAGGACGGCGUGAAGCAGGACUGGGUGAUAGACGACUGCAUUGGCAACUGGUGGCGCCCCAACUUUGAGCCUCCACAGUAUCCAUAUAUCCCAGCACACAUCACCAAACCUAAGGAGCAUAAGAAGCUGUUCCUGGUUCAGUUGCAGGAAAAAGCGCUGUUUGCUGUCCCCAAAAACUAUAAACUGGUGGCAGCACCGUUGUUUGAAUUGUAUGACAAUGCUCCUGGCUAUGGACCAAUCAUUUCCAGCCUACCACAGCUUUUGAGCAGGUAUAGUUUGUGUCACUGUGUAAGUAGCUAAGUGAGACACUCUGGGUUUUUUUUUUUUCCUGUUGAUUGUGCCUGUUGUUGAAUUAAAAACUGAAGGGCUGGAUUAGAAUAUAGUUAUGUGAACUGUCUUUAUCAAGGAUGUAAACUUGUCGAUAAAACUUGUACAACCUGUAACUUUUAUAAAAAAUUCAAUUGUUUUCUUUCAUGUUUGGAGUGUAACAUAAUAAACAUUUUUAUCAACACCA